CACAAUAGUACUCGGACACAAACAAAAUACUUUUCAUUUCCCUCAAAUAUUUACGUUAACUAGGUGAGUUGUUUUUAAUGAAAAACAGUUAAUCGUUAAAAUUACAAUCUUUGUAUCAGGUGGACACGUAUUCUCGUGGCUUAAUCUGAUACUGAAAAAUAUAAUGUAUUACUUUAAAUCGUAACUUUAUUUGGGAUGUCGGCGACCAUCAACCCGCUCGCAAAUCCAAAAGGAGUGAAGAAGCUGUGCGAACUUUGCCAGAAACCUGCAAAACUUCGGUGCACAAAAUGCCGAGUCACAUUUUACUGUCACCCCGACCACCAGCACGCGGACUGGACCAGUAUACAUGAAAAAGUGUGUCUACUACUGGUGUCUAUUCACACACCUGCACCGCUUCACGCCCUGCAGGCCGCCCGAGACCACUAUCACGCAGAGACCCUGAAGAAAAAGGAACAACUAAUAGAGAUUGCUCGUUUAGAGGAACAGAGGUUUGUGUCCAAAAGGAGGUUUCAAAAUGUCUUACCGGCUGCUCUCCUCCACCUACGCUGGGCCAUGCGGCUUUAUGGGUCUUGUGAUGUUGAACUAGUACCAGCUUAUCUACAGCUUGCGCAAGCGAACAUAGGUUUAGGUUCUCUCUCUCAGGCACAUGAGUAUCUGUCUAAAGCUGAAUGGACAGUUAUGAAAACACCAGGCUGCAGUCGCAUGGUCCUUCAUCAGCUACACAGAACCCUGGGCCGACUGCACACUGCUACAGGAGAAUACACAUCUGCUCUAUCUCACUUUGCCAAUGAUGUGUACUAUGCCAGUGAGAUGUAUGGUUUACGAAGUACUGUGACAUGUGGAGGAUAUUUUCUGAUGGCCGAUGUGUUUUUGAAGCAAAACAAGCCUGAUGUUGCCUGCUCGCUCUAUACAGAGGUGGCCGAUUCCUGGCACACUCACCUGUGUAAGCUGAUGGAAGGUAUCAGUCAGAGUGGCACUCAAGCAGAGGAGUGCUUUGAUGAGUCCCAGUGCAUGGAAGCUGAUCAGAUAUUGAGAUGUAUUUUCGAGUUUGAGGAACAAUGUGUGAAACCUCGCCCUUACCAGUCAGCCAUGUUGGCUCAUUCUCUGGCUAUGCUGUGGUUGCUGAGCAACAACUACACCAAGGCUCUGGAGUAUGGAAAGAAGGCUCGGGUAUUGAUCCAGGGGUUGAGUGAGCAGAAUAGUCUGAAAGAGUCCAUCCAGAAUCUCCUACAACAUGCUGAAAAACACUUGCAAUAAGACAACCCACUAAAGUACACACUCCAGACCUCCUAUAACACAAUAAAUAUUUGAGAUAUGUAUUACUGCAAUUUUCGGCACAAUGAACAGUCCCACACCGACUAUAUGCUUUAAACCUGACAUGAACAUGUGAUUCGUACACAGACAGUAUCUGGAUAUUGUUUAGCUGGAUUGCAUUUUACACCUUCCAAGGAGUCUCCAGAAUGAUCACACUUGGCAGAUAAUGGAAGACACCAGUGAUGUAUUAUGAAGUUUUAUGUGGGGAAAAAAGGCGUUUUCAUUUACACCAUUGAAUGAGUUGGGAAUCCAUCCCUCACCACCUCUAAAUGUUUCAGUGAUCCAAUGACGAUGCGUUUUUGGAUUUACAGCUGGCUUUUAAUGUGGUCAUGGGCUAUCCGUUUGUGAUCGAAUCAAUAAAAACACAUGUUAACAUCAGGUGUAAAGGGGGCCAUACUGGACAAUUUCAUAUUCAAUUGUGAAUCUACUUUAAGGGAACUAUUCUAAGUUUAAUACAAGUUAAGCUCAAUUAACAGCAUUUGUGGCAUAAUACUGAUUACCACAAAACAUAUUCUAAACUCCUCCCCACUUUUCUUAAAAAAAAAAAAAACACUUUAAAUCACGAUUACAGUGAGGCACUUACAAUGUAAGAAAUGUGAAGCUAUUAAUUCUGUUAAAACUUGAGUAUUUUUUUUUAGCUGUAAAGCCAUUAAAUCUGCAUUUUUAUGGUUGUUAUAGUGUUUACGGCGUUAUGUCAUCAUGGCAAAUAAGCUGUAAAAUUGGAUAUAACUUUACACAGAAAAGGUUAGUGAUUUUAUGUCACUAAAAUAAUGUUAACACACAUUGUUUAUGAUGU